UAGUCGAACUGCCAAUUAGACAUGUGCAAUUCGGUUCGGCACGAAUGUUAUAUUUAACGAAAAUUACCGUUUUCGUACAUUCGGAGCGAUCCGAAUGAACGAAAACAUAUCUUGAGCAUCUCCGAAUAGCGCCGAUAAUACGAACAGGCAAACAACGAAUGCCUUCGGUGAACAACGAAUGCGUUCGGUGAAUAACGAAUGCACUCGUUAAAUAACAUCGUUCGGGGAAUAACGAAUGCAUUCGUUAAAUGACGAAUCAUUCGGAAAAUAACAAAUCAUUCGGGAAAUAACAUUCGGGAAAUAACGAAUGUAUUCGUGAAAUAACGAAUCAUUCGGGAAAUAACGAAUGCAUUCGUUGUCCGUAAACGAAAGUAAAGUAAUAAUUCUGCAUUCUUUUAAUUGGUCCUUGGGAGGUCAUAUGAUCGGAGUUCAUUGUCACAUGGUACCAUAUGGUAACUUUUAGCCAAUUAGCUUAUUCCAUUCAAUCCCUACUGUAUUGCAGACAGUAAGGCUGUUUUAUUCAGUUGUGAGGUAGUCCUGUGAGACUGGCUGGUGGUGUUACAGUUGCAGUGUGUGGAGAGAGUCACUGGAUUUGCAGAAAUGGACGGUUUACCUGAUGAUAACUUGGCUUCUGGCACAGAGACAACAGGCAAACAAGCUAAGGUAACACCUGUACUUUUUUACAAAAGAGGAUCAGCAGCAAGGCCUGCAGCAAAGUCCCAUGCUUCAUCAAGUGGCCAUACUCAUCAUAUCCAAGAAAAAAAUAAGACAGCCACCACUAGUGCUGCUACUGUGGCCCUUAAUGUCUCGCAAUCUGUUAGACACCAAGAAGGAGAGGGAAACAAGAAGCAGGGCUCACAAUCAGACAUGGACAUAAUGCAUUUAAGUACGCCUCUUCAAGGUGUAGACAUUGGAAGCAUAGAAGAGGAGGUACCCCUUGAUUUCAUUCAUGAUGUGUCCAGUCCUGAACAAUAUCAAAGUCCUGUAUCGCCACUCCUAUUUACAACUGACCUUCCAGAAUCAUCACCACCAUCAUCCUCUGGCUCUUUAGUUGUAAUGGAUACACCACCCUCCCAUUCAAGUAGUGCCACCGUCCCCAGUACAAGGCCUCCAGCUUCCAAAAGCAAUCCCCUCCUGCAAAAUGCCCCAUCUGCACAACCCGGUUCCAGUUCCAGCCGGAAAUCUAAAGUUUGCGAGCAUUUUUCAAUAGUUGGUGAUGGUAGAUCAGCUAAAUGUAAGCUAUGUGGCAGGGAAGUCAGUCGUGGUAGAGUUAUAGGGCAUCUGACUAAUUCUGGCAUGAAUCACCAUUUGCGCACACACCACAAGCCAGUCCUGUUAAGAGAAGACAGUAGGUUGUUGUCACCUCCACCCAGUAAAAAAAGGGCAAGUGCUAGUUCCAGUGCUACCAUCAGCUCAUAUAACCUGGACAAGGGGCACAGAGGUGAAGCUGUUGACCCCAGUCAAGCAAAACAGCCCACCUUGGAUCAAUUUAGUGGAUUUCAUUCCAGGGGGAUUUCAAGACAGCAGUCCCGUAAAAUUACCCGCCUCAUUGGCGAGCUCAUAGCCGUCGGGGGAGCUCCCUUUAACAUGGUGGAGGGGGAACCGUUUAAACGUCUAAUGCAGGCAGUUGCACCCCAGUAUGUAAUUCCAUCCCGUACCACAUUUAGUCGCAGUAUAGUACCCUCCUUACAUAAAUCUUGUGUGAAGUUAAUAAAACAGGAGCUAGGCAGAGCCACAGGACAGUCUGUACAUUUCACCACAGACUUGUGGAGUGCUCCCAGUGGGCAGCAUGCCUUCUUAUCACUAACAGCACACUGGUGGCAGCCCAUUGUAAUGGAACCAGCCCAAAUUACAUCAGGGCCAAGAAGCACAGGAGCUGGUGUUGUAGAAAAACAAAAUCAGGGGCACUGCUCAUUCCUACUGCAUGCAGAGGUUUUAGAUGAGCAGCACAGCUCGCAUAACAUAACCCGUGCAUUACAGAAAAUGGUGGCAGAGUGGCUUGGGGAGCAGGCAAAUACACAGGCGAAGAUGGGGUUUGUGGUCACUGAUGGGGCAGCCAAUAUGUUAAAAGCACUGCGGGAUGGCAAAUUUGUUGGUGUCCGAUGCUCCGCCCAUGUCCUCCAUCUUGUAGUAAAGGCAGGUAUAGAUGACACCACUGAGAGCAAUACAAAGCUCUCUGAAGUGUUAGACUCCUGUAGGAAAAUUGCAGGCCAUUUUCAUAGAAGUGUGAAGGACAGUCACAUUUUCAGGCAGGAGCAGAUUAAGGCAGGUCUUCCUCAACACCGCCUGAAGCAGGAUGUAAGCACCAGGUGGAAUUCUACAUUGGACAUGCUUGAAAGAAUUCUGGAGCAACAAAAAGCUAUACAUGCAAUGUCACAUGAGCAUGUCAUCGGUGUGGCCAGACCACUUAGCAGGGAGGAGUGGAAAAUAAUAGCUCAGGUGGUGACUGUACUAAGCCCCUUUCGUGCAGCCACAGAAAACCUAAGUCAAGAAAGUGCAAGCUUGGCUCAAGUCAUCCCCCUCUUUACCCAUCUUGUUAACAAAAUGGAUGCCAUCCUCAACCAUAGAGAAAACUUGCCUGGAGGAUACAUAGUACCUGAUGUUGCCACACUUGUCAGGAGACUGCAUGGACAAUUAAACCGGAGGAUCACAGAGCUCACUGAUGCUUGCCCUGAAUUGAUGCUUGCCACCAUGUGUGACCCCCGAAUUAAGGGCAAAAUGGCACUCCAAGCCAAUUCCCUAACAGGCUGGAGAGAGAAAUUAAUCAACAGGGUGUGUGACAGGCAAAGACACUUGGUUGUGCCGUCAGAGAGGGACGAUGAGGAUGAUGAAGAAGAAGAGGAGGAUGAGCCUGCUAUGUCAUCAUCAUCAUCCAUCACAAACACUGCUGGACAUUCAUCAAGAGCUGCUGACUUUUGGGCAGAAACUUUGCAAACCUUGGUCGGACACACCAGACAACCCUCAAGGAUACCCAGAGAUAAGGUUGCAGAGACUGUAAAAAGUUAUUUGUCUGAACCCCAUCUGGCACCUACAGCGGAUAGUCUCAAGUACUGGGAUGAAAGGAGGGCAAUUUGGCCUGCUCUCUCCAUGGUGGCCCAGGAGCUCCUAUCCUGCCCCCCAACCUCUGUGCAAAGUGAACGGGUAUUUUCAGUCACUGGCAAUAUUCUCUGCCCACAGCGUUCACAGCUGGCCCCUCAGCUCAUGGAGCAGAUGACUUUUCUUAAAGUAAACAUGCCCAAGCUGGGAUACCCUGCCCUAAGCUUUGACACCAAUUAGUUAUGAGUUCUACAGUUCAAGUUAAAAGUUGAAGUUCUUGGUUACAAGUUGGAAUGUUGGAUCCCGUUGUGUUAUCAGUUGUUUGAAAAAGUUAAGAAAGUGAACAGCACCAUCAAACAGGAUUUAGUGGACAUUUAGUGGACAUUUUUGUGGAUACAACAAGGACGUCCAUUUAUGUGGUAAAGGAGAUCAGCAAAUCAGUGGAAGGAUUUGGCACCAUUUUGUAUGAGGUUACAAUAUACAAGUCAACAUGAAACUUUGGUAAUAGAAUACAGAGGUAAUACAAUAAACCUAAACAUUGCCAACAUUUCUAACAUAACAAAACUGUCAACCAGCCUAAAAAUAAUGAUUCUUUAAUCUUUUAGGUUUGUGAAGGUUCCCCAUUGUUGCUGCUGCUGCUGUCAGCCAAUGGAGGUGAUUGGCUGAUUCUUGAUAUUGCCGUCAGGAGGUCCACCCUUAGCUGUGCUGUGGCCUGAAGGUGCUGCUGGCUGACCCGGGCCAACAUCACUUGGAUGUCGUCAGCCUGCCGUCGGUGAAGUUGGUGCAUGGUCCUAUUCAAGCGUUGCAUCUCCCGUGCAAGGUGCCUCGUCUCCCUGGACAACCUGUCCCUUUCUUGGAGUACCCUAAGAUCUCUCUGCCUCGGAUGUCUGAGCCUCUGGCAGGAGGUGCUUCUUCAACUCCAGCUCCCAGUUCUUGAAGUUGAUGUUCCUCCUCUGCUGCUGCUUUUUUAUUUUUUUGAGGACUGAUGCCCUGCAGUCAUAG